AUGGGUGAGGAAGAGGACUUGGGUGGCGGUUUUAUGAACCUAGGUCUAUUUCACCUUGCAGCAAUGCCAUCCAUUCCUUGUGGAUCGGAAGCAAAGGCCACGGCAAUCUAUCAGACGGAGAGUGGUGGGUCCCAUGAAGCCAGUCCUGCAGAAGGCGAUAAUAUCAUCAAACUGCCGAAGCGAAGACGAAAAGCUCGCAUGAACGAGGUCGACGAAGGAACCCAAUUGUUGACGGGAAGAGAACGAGCCACAUCUGACAAAUCUCUCAGCGGCGACGGGCACAGAACAGAGAGUCCCAGCAAGCCUACCGACAUCGCAGGGAGGACCAUAUCCGAAAUCUCCAAAGGCAAAUUGUAG